CUUUGUAUUCUAGAGUAUUUAGAAUGUGUGCCGUAGAAUACGGUGAUGGAAGGACCCUAGCUCCCUACCACCAGGAGUGUAUGAUAAUCGAGUCUCGAGGCAAACCUCCAGAUCGUGAUGUCGAUGUGCGUGUUCCAUGGGAUCCGUCGAGUAUGCCGGGAAUUGAACACUCGAAUCUUAUUCCGCCAGGAUGCAACAACGAGUUAAGUGUUGUCACGUGGAAGCUAAGAAAUGAUAAAUGUCGCGUGUUGGACGACAAGCAUAUUUACAGAAAUGUUCCUGGGAAAGAGAAAGACAAGAACUAUUAUCUAGAGGAGAUUGAGACGUUUCUUGCUCGUUGUGAAAAGCCAGGAGCUACGAUUUGGUAUUUCGGACAUUCGUACAUUUCGAGCGGUGACUGGUGUUUCCGUGAAGGUUCUUCCAUUUCUUUCCGUGAGAUCUUCAACAUCUACCGUCGCACUUUCGACGGUAAAGUUCUCACCAUCGUCACAGACUGUCCUCACUCCGGAUAUUGGCCAAAAGCUUGUGUAGAAGAAAUGGAUCGUUUGGAAGUACCGGCGUGCGGACAUAAAGCGAAAGAAAGAGGAAUUUGCAUCAAAGUUUACGCAUCUUGCUGUCGAAACGAGAUAGCGAGGGAAUGGUAUUUCGCUACAGAAGGAGUCAUGAGAGAUGAGGACGGCAGGCUGAGUUUUGGUUAUAAAAGCGACACUCAAAAUCCUCUAGUUCUUAACUUCUCGAUGAUGUUCUGCACGAAAUCUCUGCUACGCGAAUGCCAAGCAAACGCACGUUGGAAAUGGAAGGACAUGUUGUCGGGAAGUCUCACCGAGCGUGUCUACCUUGUGCGAGGAAACGAUCGACGACAGAAUCGCCCUGCUUGGCAGUACGUGUUGGUCAACGACGACUAUUUGGAGCAAUUUCUAGAAAGAACGAAAGGCGGCAGUCUGGAUGUAGCGGAUUAUGGACAAGUGUUGUUAACCGGAUGGGGAAAAGAUCCACCCGAACAUAUUACCAAGCUCGUAGGAGAAAGGCUGCAUUUCUAACUAUAAAUAACUUUGCUAUAUUUAUAUCGUAUAGUCUAGUCAUGUUGUUUUGAACUGGAAAAUAUCGAGUUUGAAUUUUGAAAAUGUGAGCUUUGUGAACAAACUAGCGCAACAGAGUC